GUGUUUUCUGUGUUUGUCCACAGAAGAACAAGGUGAAGAUACAGAAGGGUCUGCUAAAAGUGCAUCAGUGGCUGUGGCUGAUGAUAAAGACUCAAGUGAGAGAGACAAUAGUGAAGGCAAAAAAUCUAGUAAAGACUCUGGAGUAGUCACACCAGAGAAGGAACCAAAAGUGAACACUGUGGUAGGGGCACAACAGCUUCUUCUGGCAAAAGAAGAGGAUGGUGCAGCUAAAAAAUCAAAGCCUCAAGAGGACAAUAAAUUUUGUCAUGAGCAGUUCUAUCAAUGUCCUUACUGUAACUACAAUAGUAGGGACCCAAACCGUAUCCAGAUGCAUGUCCUGUCACAGCAUUCAAUGCAACCUGUUAUCUGCUGCCCCCUCUGCCAAGAUGUCCUCAGCAACAAAAUGCAUCUCCAGCUUCAUUUGACCCAUUUGCACAGUGUGUCCCCUGACUGUGUGGAGAAACUACUCAUGACAGUUCCUGUACCAGAUGUCAUGAUGCCCAAUAGUAUGCUAUUGCCAGCAGCUGCUUCAGAGAAAUCUGAACGUGACACACCUGCAACCAUUACAGCUGAGGGAUCUGGGAAAUAUCCAGGUGAAAGUCCUGUGGAUGAGAAGAGUACCCCUGGGAACGAUGAAUCAAAAACUGGAAUGGAAAUUAAGACCGAGGAACAGAAGCCACCUAAGGAAUCUACUGAAACACCAGACUGGAAUAAGAGCAGCAGUAAAGAUAUAAAGACCACUGACUCUAUGACGGAUCAGCUAAAUGAACAGCAGAAGAAGCAACAGCUGUCUGUUUCUGACCGCCAUGUCUAUAAGUACCGUUGUAACCAUUGUAGCUUGGCUUUUAAGACUAUGCAGAAGCUUCAGAUACAUUCCCAGUAUCAUGCUAUUCGGGCAGCUACCAUGUGUAGCCUUUGCCAACGUAGCUUUCGUACAUUCCAGGCUUUAAAAAAACACUUGGAAGCAGGCCACCCUGAACUCAAUGAAGCUGAACUUCAGCAGCUGUGUGCGUCUUUACCUGUCAAUGGUGAACUCUGGGCAGAAAGUGAAAGUAUGGCACAAGACGAUCAUGCACUAGAACAGGAAAUAGAAAGAGAUUAUGAGAUGGACCAGGAAGGUAAAGCAAGUCCUGUAGGAAGCGAUAGUAGCUCUAUUCCAGAUGAUAUGGGCUCAGAACCAAAGCGGACCUUACCUUUUAGAAAAGGGCCAAAUUUUACUAUGGAAAAAUUUCUAGAUCCAUCUCGCCCAUAUAAGUGUACAGUGUGUAAAGAGUCUUUCACCCAAAAGAACAUUCUCUUGGUCCACUAUAACUCAGUGUCCCACCUACAUAAACUCAAAAAGGUAUUGCAGGAAGCAUCGAGUCCUGUCCCUCAAGAAACCAACAGCAGCACUGACAACAAACCCUACAAAUGCAGCAUUUGUAAUGUUGCAUAUAGCCAAAGUUCUACAUUGGAAAUCCACAUGAGAUCUGUGCUUCAUCAGACAAAGGCAAGGGCUGCAAAAUUAGAACCAAGUGGUAAUAUAAGUAGCGGAAAUAGUGUAGCAGGGAAUGUUAAUAGCCCCAGCCAAGGAAUGCUAGAAUCUAUGAGCUUACCAGCAGUUAACAGCAAAGAAACACAUUUAGAUGCCAAAGAAUUAAAUAAAAAGCAAGCUUCUGAAUUAAUUUCUGCUCAGCCUACACAUCACCCACCCCAGUCACCAGCACAACUUCAAAUGCAACUACAGCAUGAACUGCAACAACAAGCUGCGUUCUUUCAGCCCCAGUUUCUAAAUCCAGCUUUUUUGCCUCACUUUCCCAUGACACCAGAAGCACUGCUGCAAUUUCAACAGCCUCAGUUCCUUUUCCCGUUCUAUAUACCUGGGACAGAAUUUAGUUUAAGCCCAGAUCUGGGUUUGCCUGGUUCUGCCACAUUUGGUAUGCCUGGAAUGGCUGGUAUGACAGGAUCACUGUUAGAAGAUUUGAAGCAGCAGAUACAAACUCAGCACCAUGUUGGCCAAACUCAGCUACAGAUACUGCAGCAGCAAGCACAACAGUAUCAAUCCACCCAACCCCAACUUCAGUCCCAAAAGCAGCAGCAGCAAAGUAGCAAGCUGAUGAAAGCAGAGCAAAAUACCUUAGUAAGUACGGACUGCCAGCUGAUAAAGGAUAUGCCAUCAUAUAAGGAGUCAGAAGACAUUUCUGAUAAACAGGAGAAGCCAAAGCAAGAAUUUAGUAAUGAGAAUGAAGGACUAAAAGAAAACAAAGAUAUGAAGAAGCCAAAAUCCUCAGAACCAGCCAUCCCACCACCCAGAAUAGCUUCUGGAGCAAGGGGGAAUGCAGCCAAGGCUUUGCUGGAGAACUUUGGGUUUGAGUUAGUUAUCCAAUACAAUGAGAACAGACAAAAAGUGCAGAAAAAAAGCAAGACUAGUGAAGGUGAAAACACUGACAAACUGGAAUGUGGAACGUGCAGUAAGCUCUUUUCCAACAUUCUUAUUCUGAAGAGUCAUCAAGAACAUGUACAUGGACAGUUUUUUCCAUAUGGAGCAUUAGAAAAAUUUGCCCGACAGUACAGGGAGGCAUAUGACAAGCUUUAUCCAAUUUCUCCAUCUUCUCCAGAAACACCACCGCCUCCACCACCACCUCCUCCACCACCACCUCCUCCUCCUCCUCCAACUCCUUCUCAGCCUUCUUCAGCUGGGGCUGGAAAAAUUCAAAACACAACUCCCACACCGUUGCAAGCUCCACCACCUACACCUCCACCACCACCUCCUCCUCCACCACCACCUCCUCCUCCACCACCACCACCAUCAGCCCCACCUCAAGUCCAACUUCCUGUUUCGCUUGAUCUCCCACUUUUCCCUCCUAUUAUGAUGCAGCCAGUGCAACAUCCUGCGUUGCCUCCUCAACUCGCCCUCCAGCUGCCACCAAUGGAUACUUUAUCUGCAGACCUUACCCAGCUUUGUCAGCAGCAGUUAGGAUUAGACCCCAAUUUCCUGCGGCACUCUCAGUUCAAACGUCCACGUACAAGAAUCACAGAUGACCAGUUAAAAAUCUUGCGGGCUUAUUUUGAUAUUAACAAUUCUCCAAGUGAAGAGCAGAUCCAAGAAAUGGCUGAGAAAUCUGGUCUUUCACAGAAAGUUAUCAAGCACUGGUUUCGUAAUACACUGUUUAAAGAACGACAGAGAAAUAAAGAUUCUCCAUACAACUUCAGCAACCCUCCUAUAACAGUAUUGGAAGAUAUCAGAAUAGAUCCUCAACCUUCAGCUGUAGAACCCUACAAGUCUGAUGCAUCUUUCAGCAAGAGAUCAUCCAGGACUCGGUUUACUGACUACCAGCUUCGUGUCCUCCAAGACUUCUUUGACACAAAUGCUUAUCCAAAGGAUGAUGAAAUCGAACAACUUUCAACUGUACUUAACCUACCUACUCGAGUUAUUGUCGUAUGGUUCCAAAAUGCACGACAGAAAGCUCGCAAAAGUUAUGAAAAUCAAGCUGAAACUAAAGACAAUGAGAAAAGGGAACUGACAAAUGAGCGUUAUAUUCGAACCAGCAACAUGCAGUAUCAGUGCAAAAAGUGCAGUGUGGUUUUUCCCAGGAUUUUUGAUUUGAUUACACACCAAAAAAAGCAGUGUUAUAAAGAUGAAGAUGAUGAUGCUCAAGAUGAAAGUCAAACUGAAGACUCUAUGGAUGCCUCUGAUCAAACAGUGUAUAAGAACUGUACAGUUUCUGGCCAAAAUGACUCAUCAAAAAGCCUGACAGUUACUGCAGCAAGCUCUGGCUCUGGUUCUAGUACUCCUUUGAUUCCAUCACCCAAACCAGAACCUGAGAAAGCUUCUCCUAAACCAGAGUCCACAGAAAAACCAAAACAAAAUGAAACCAUCUCUAAGCAAACAGAUACAACUUCCCAGAGCACCAAACCAGUCCAGUCGACUCCAGUAACCUCUUCUGACCCUCAGCCCUCAGCUUCUCAACCACAACAACAAAAGCAAUCACAGAUAGUAGGGAGACCUCCUUCUGCAUCACAAACCACACCUGUUCCUUCCAGUCCUUUACCAAUUUCAAUGACUUCUCUACAGAACAGUCUACCUCCUCAGUUAUUACAGUACCAAUGCGAUCAGUGUACUGUUGCCUUUCCAACUCUAGAACUUUGGCAAGAGCACCAGCACAUGCAUUUCCUAGCAGCCCAAAACCAAUUUCUUCACUCACAGUUUUUAGAAAGACCAAUGGACAUGCCCUAUAUGAUAUUUGACCCCAAUAACCCUUUGAUGACUGGGCAGUUACUUAAUAGUUCUCUUGCUCAGAUGCCACCUCAGACUGGGUCAUCACACACUGCACAUCCUGCUUCAGUUUCUGGUUCCCUUAAACGAAAACUAGAUGAUAAAGAAGACAAUAACUGUAGUGAGAAAGAGGGAGGAAACAGUGGAGAAGAUCAACAUCGUGAUAAGCGUUUAAGAACUACAAUUACUCCAGAACAGCUGGAAAUACUAUAUGAAAAGUACCUACUAGAUUCCAACCCCACCAGAAAGAUGCUAGAUCACAUUGCACGUGAAGUGGGACUGAAAAAGAGAGUCGUACAAGUCUGGUUUCAGAACACAAGAGCCCGAGAAAGAAAGGGACAAUUCCGGGCAGUUGGUCCAGCCCAGUCCCAUAAAAGGUGUCCAUUUUGUCGAGCUCUGUUUAAAGCAAAAUCAGCUUUAGAAAGUCACAUUCGCUCUCGACAUUGGAAUGAAGGAAAACAGGCUGGCUAUAGUUUGCCUCCGAGUCCUUUGAUAUCAACUGAAGAUGGAGGAGAAAGUCCACAAAAAUACAUAUUUUUUGAUUACCCAUCACUGUCAUUGGCAAAAACUGAAUUAUCAAGUGAAAAUGAAUUAGCCUCCACUGUAUCGACCCCUGUUAGCAAAACUGCAGAAAUGUCACCGAAGAACCUCUUAAGUCCUUCUUCUUUUAAAGCAGAGUCUAGUGAGGAUAUAGAAAAUUUGAAUGCCCCUCCUGCUGACUCUGGAUAUGAUCAAAACAAGACUGACUUUGAUGAGACUUCAUCAAUUAAUACAGCAAUUAGCGAUGCCACAACAGGGGAUGAGGGGAACAAUGAAAUGGAAAGCACAACUGGCAGUUCAGGGGAUGCAAAACCUGCAUCACCCCCCAAAGAACCAAAAACACUUGUGAAUGACACACUACCAAAAGCAGCAACUACACCUACAAAUGAGAAUACUGAUGAUAAAUUUCUCUUUUCCCUAACAAGCCCUUCAAUACACUUUAGUGAAAAAGAUGGUGAUCAUGACCAAAGUUACUACAUUACGGAUGACCCUGAUGAUAAUGCCGAUCGCAGUGAAACUUCAAGCAUAGCUGAUCCAAGUUCACCUAACCCAUUUGGAGCUAGCAAUCCCUUUAAAUCCAAAAACAGUGAUCGGCCAGGCCACAAACGUUUCCGAACACAAAUGAGUAACCUUCAGCUUAAAGUUCUCAAGGCUUGCUUUAGUGACUACAGGACUCCAACAAUGCAGGAAUAGAAUGAGAUUGGCCUGCCCAAACGUGUGGUCCAGGUCUGGUUUCAGAAUGCCCGGGCUAAAGAAAAGAAAUUCAAAAUUAACAUAGGGAAGCCAUUCAUGAUAAAUCAGACUGGACCUGACGGGACAAAGCCAGAAUGUUCUCUAUGUGGUGUGAAAUAUUCUGCGCGCUUGUCCAUAAGAGAUCACAUCUUUUCCAAACAACAUAUUACAAAAGUGAGAGAAACUGUGGGAAGUCAGCUAGAUCGGGAGAAAGAUUAUUUAGCUCCUACAACAGUUAGACAGCUGAUGGCACAACAAGAAUUGGAUCGCAUAAAGAAGGCUACUGAUGUGCUAGGAUUAACAGUACAGCAGCCAGGCAUGAUGGACAGCAGUUCUCUUCAUGGUAUCAGUUUGCCAGCAGCUUAUCCAGGACUCCCUGGCCUUCCUCCUGUUCUUCUGCCUGGAAUGAAUGGUCCAUCCUCCUUACCUGGAUUUCCACAAAGUUCAAACACUUUAACAUCUCCUGGUGCAGGCAUGCUUGGGUUUCCUACUUCAGCUACUUCGUCUCCUGCCCUGUCUCUCAGCAGUGCCCCCUCCAAACCUUUGCUGCAGACUCCACCACCACCACCUCCACCACCACCACCUCCACCACCACCACCUCCUCCUCCUCCUCCUCCUCCUCCCUCCUCCUCUUUGUCAGGACAGCAGACAGAGCAACAGAACAAAGAAUCUGAGAAAAAAAAUACUAUUAAUAAGCCAAACAAGGUAAAAAAAAUCAAAGAGGAGGAAUCAGAGGCCAACAAACCUGAAAAACACCUGAAAAAAGAGGAAAAAAUCUCAUCUGCUCUUUCAGUGUUGGGCAAAGUUGUAGGGGAAGCGCACGUGGACCCUACUCAGCUGCAGGCACUUCAAAAUGCAAUUGCUGGUGACCCAGCUUCGUUUAUAGGUGGGCAGUUCUUGCCAUAUUUUAUUCCUGGGUUCGCUUCGUAUUUUACACCUCAGCUUCCUGGAACAGUGCAAGGAGGGUACCUCCCCCCGGUUUGUGGUAUGGAGAGCCUUUUCCCCUAUGGGCCAGCAGUGCCUCAGACAAUUGCUGGCUUGUCACCUGGCGCACUGUUGCAGCAGUACCAACAGUAUCAGCAGAACCUCCAGGAUUCGUUACAAAAGCAACAGAAACAGCAGCAAGAACAGCAGCAGAAACAAGUUCAAGCAAAGUCAUCUAAAGCAGAGAAUGACCAACAGCAAAACUCCAGUGACACUUCGGAAACAAAAGAAGACAGAAGUUCUGCUACAGAAAGCACAAAAGAAGAACCCCAGUUAGAUUCAAAAAGUGCAGACUUUUCAGACACUUACAUUGUUCCAUUCGUCAAGUAUGAGUUUAUAUGCAGAAAGUGCCAGAUGAUGUUUACUGAUGAAGAUGCAGCAGUAAAUCAUCAAAAGUCCUUCUGUUACUUCGGUCAGCCUUUGAUUGACCCACAAGAGACAGUGCUUCGUGUCCCAGUCAGCAAAUAUCAGUGUCUUGCCUGUGAUGUGGCUAUCAGUGGAAAUGAAGCACUUAGCCAACACCUCCAGUCAAGCUUGCACAAAGAGAAAACAAUCAAACAAGCAAUGAGAAAUGCCAAAGAGCAUGUUAGAUUAUUACCUCACUCAGUCUGCUCCCCUAAUCCUAACACCACAUCUACCUCGCAGUCUGCAGCUUCUUCUAAUAACACCUAUCCUCAUCUUUCUUGCUUCUCCAUGAAGUCCUGGCCUAAUAUUCUUUUCCAAGCGUCUGCCAGGAAAGCUGCUUCUUCCCCUUCUUCUCCUCCUUCCCUUUCCUUGCCUUCAACGGUUACCUCAAGUUUGUGCAGCACCUCAGGGGUUCAAACCUCACUACCCACAGAAAGUUGUUCAGAUGAGUCUGACAGUGAGUUGAGCCAGAAGCUGGAAGACUUAGAUAAUUCUUUGGAAGUAAAGGCUAAGCCUGCUUCUGGCCUAGAUGGUAAUUUCAAUAGCAUCAGAAUGGAUAUGUUCAGUGUGUAGGAGUGAAGACAGGAUCCCUUGCUUAAAAAAAUAAGACUUUAACUGCAGUUCCAAAGCUUCUCUAACCCAAAAAUUACAGUACCAAAUG